AUGGCUGGCAUAUGGUGGUGGCAUGGCUGGCUAGCAUAUGGUGGUGGCAUGGCAUAUGGUGGUGGCAUGGCAUAUGGUGGUAGCAUGGCAUAUGGUGGUGGCAUGGCAUAUGGUGGGCAUAUGGUGGUAGCAUGGCAUAUGGUGGUGGCAUGGCAUAUGGUGGUGGCAUGGCAUAUGGUGGUAGCAUGGCAUAUGGUGGUGGCAUGGCAUAUGGUGGUAGCAUGGCUGGCUAGCAUAUGGUGGUGGCAUGGCUGGCAUAUGGUAGCUAGUAUAUGGUCGUAAAAGAUCUCUUAAGCAUACUGGUGUUAAUACUAGAAUCGUGUAGAAUUUCUUCUUUUGUCUUUCCAGAAGAAACAAGAAACGAAAUCUAUACUGUUACAAACAACAAAUCAAACAACAAAUAAAAGUGUAACAUCUACGGAGCGGACAUGAGCAUGGAGUACAAGCCUAAGGUAACAUCCACGGAAUAG